AUGUUGCGGAUAUUGUCCUUAGUUAAUGUUUAUUUGGGACAUGAACAAGCGCUUGAAGAUCUCAUUUCUGGUUGUCCUAUGAUUGAGGACUUAGUAUUGGAGCCCUGUGUUGGAUUGGAAAAUGUAAAAAUACAUGAUUUGCCUAAGCUAAAGUCUGCUAAGUUUUCUGGAUUUCGUGAAAUUCAUGUUGAUGUGCCGAGUCUAGAGUAUCUUCAUCUUGGUAAUGACGAAUUAGAGUUCCCUUGUGAUAUCAGUAUAGACAAGUGCAGAAAUUUGAAGUUUCCUUUCCUUGAGAGGUUGGAAUUAAGUGGUUGUGUUACAUCUGAGAGCCUAAUGAUCUCCAGUUCUCGCCUCAAGGUUUUGUCCUUCAAGGCUUGUGUAGAGUUGAAGGAAGCUAGGAUCGAUGCGCCGAAUUUAGAGUCAUGUAGAUAUUCUGGACAAUCCAGCCACAUGCCAGCAGCUAUGUCUUUUGUGAACUGUUCAAAUCAGGUGGAUUUUGAUGUUGUCUUGGCAAUAGAAUUUCGUAUUAUGGAUUUGAAAAGGCUUAGGGCAUUUCUCCAGAACAUAGCACCAAGAAAUGUUAUGGUAUCCUUGUAUCUUGGAAUCAUGAAAGGUUCAUCUAUUGUGUUCAAUGAAGAUGUACUACAAAAUGUUCAAGUCCCUUUGCCAAGGAUCAAACAAUUGAGGUUAUUGGUAGCUGAAGAAACUGAAGAGUUGUGUGUGCUUCUUAUCAAUGAUUUGUUUUGGAGCUUCCGUCCUGCUAUUAUUUCUUUGAACCUGAAAGUAUGCAGCAGAAUAUUCCUUAAGCUAUUAUUGGAGAAGCUAAGGUGCAACAACGAAGGAGAGGAGUGCAGUUCAAGUCAAAUGAAAUGUUGGUGGCGUGAUUUGAAAGAUGUCAAAGUCACAAGCUCUCCUAAGAAAUAUGAGAACCUCAGUGAUUGUGAAGCACUCUUGGAUUCAUUGCCAAUAAAUUUUUCUUCCCCCGAUCUGCAGCUUAACUUUCAGUUAGAGUGGGACUCAUUACGGUAA